AUGACUAGGGCAAAUCCUGGGUUUUUGCAUCCAUUUAUUUCUGAAAUAGAUCGAGAAUUUCAUAGGUUAAUUAGAGCACGUAGAGCUUUUGUUACUGAUUCUCAUUCAAGUGAUUCUGAUUCUGACCUUGAUUUUGAUUCUGAUUUUGUUGCAGUUUUUGAUAACAUGGCUGAAGAAGGACCGCGAGAGAGAACAUUAAGGGAGCUGGUUGCACCUGAUUUCACCUACGAAAGCUUGUGUAUCCAGUAUCCUGAGGAUGUACCAUGUGUACUCAAAACUGGACUAAUCCAUUUAUUGCCUAAGUUUGGUGGUCUUGCAGGUGAAGAUCCUCAUAUGCAUAUCAAGGAGUUUCGUACUGUCAUGUCCACCAUGAAGCCUCCUGAAGUUGACAAAGAUCAUAUCUGUUUGAAGGCUUUUCCUCAUUCCCUUCAGGGAACUGCAAAGACUUGGCUGUAUAACCUGCCUCCUUCAUCCAUUGCAAGCUGGGACGACCUGAAAAGAAAGUUUCUUGAGAAGUUCUUCCCUGCCUCUAGGACAACUUCAAUCAGAAAAGACAUCUCAGGAAUCAGGCAGCUACAUGAAUACUGGGAAAGAUUCAAGACACUAUGUGUGAGCUGCCCCCAUCACCAGAUUUCCGAGCAGCUCCUAGUUCAGUAUUUCUAUGAGGGUUUGCUCAACAUGGAGAGACAUCUCAUUGAUGCUGCUUGUGGAGGUGCAUUGAAUGACAUGACUCCUACUGAAGCCAGGCAGUUGUUUGAGAAGAUGGCUGCUAAUUCUCAGCAGUUUCACACAAGGAGUAAUGAUGCUGUUAAAACUGUUAAUGAGAUUGGGACAGAUCCAAGGUUGGACAAGCUUGAGAAGAGGAUGGAAACCAUUGCCAGCUUGGUUACUCAAUUGGCCAUGAACCAGAAUAAACCUUCACAACAGGCAAAGGUUUGUGGCAUUUGCACUAAAGACCAUAAUACUGAUGUUUGUCCUUCUCUGCAGGAACCUACAGAUGAGAAUCCUGAAGCAUAUGCUGCCAACAUUUUCAAUAAUCGACCUCAGCAAAAUUAUGAUUUGUCAUCUAACAGAUAUAACCCUGGCUGGAGAAAUCAUCCAAAUCUUAGAUGGUCUGAUCAGUCACAACCUGCCCAAGCACCGUUUCAGAAUAAUGCUAGACCAUAUGUUCCUCCUCCAAUGCAACAACAGGCUAACAACCCUGCUGCACCGCAAUCUAAAGAAUCUUCAUUGGAGGAUAUGUUGAAGCAGAUGACAGCCCAAAACAUGCAGUUCCAACAAGACACCAGAUCCUCUAUUCAGAAUCUGACCACCCAGAUAGGACAGAUGACGGUUGUCAAUCCAGGAAAUGUGAGUGCCAUCACCUUACGGUCGGGGAAGCAAAUUGAUGCAGAUCAUGGACCAGAGCCAGAGCCUGAACCUGAAAAGGAGACAGAGACCACUGCCACAAGAACCUUCCAAGUACAACCACCUUCCAUUCCUCUUCCAUUCCCUCCGAAAGCUAUACCAAGCAAGAAGAAGGAAGAGGUAGAUAAGGGAAUCUUGGAGAUAUUCAAGAAAGUGGAGGUGAACAUACCUCUACUUGAUGCACUCAAGCAAAUUCCAAGAUAUGCAAAGUUUCUGAAAGAAUUAUGCACUCAGAAAAGGAAGCUGAAAGGAAAUGAAAGAGUUCGCAUGGGGAGAAACGUUUCUGCAAUCAUAGGUAAAGCUGGUAAACCUGCUCCUGUUUCUGAUGUUCCUGAAAAGUGUGAGGAUCCAGGUACGUUUUCUGUUCCUUGUGUCAUAGGUGAUACUAAAUUUGAAAAUGCCAUGCUAGAUCUAGGAACUUCAAUUAAUGUGAUGCCUAUGUCUAUUUUUAAAUCACUUUCACUUGGACCUUUGAAACCUACGGGUGUUGUCAUCCAAUUAGCAAAUAGGAGCACGGCACACCCUGCUGGAUGGGUAGAGGAUGUUUUGGUUAGGGUUGGUGAACUUGUUUUCCCUGCUGGUUUUUAUGUGCUUGAAAUGGAAAAAGGAUCUUCCCGUAAUACAGUUCCUAUCAUUUUGGAGAGACCAUUUUUAAAGACAGCCCGAACCAAGAUAGAUGUUUAUGCUGGUACACUGACUAUGGAAUUCGGUGAUAUUGUGGUUAGGAUAAACAUUUUUGAUGCUAUGAAACAUCCACUGUAA